AUGGGUGUUAAUUUAUUAUUAUUUUUAACUGUGAUUGCUGCUGCAUCGGCACAGAUUGCUUACCGAGUAUGUAUCCCAAACUCACAGCCUGUAUUAUGUCAGAGCCUGGACAAAGACGGGAGCCAGGUCAAAUGCGAGGCAGUCGAGUCCAAAAUCGACUGCGCCUUAAAAUUAUCUCGCGGUGAGGCGGAUCUCGGCGUUUUCUCUGAAGAGGAGAUGGUGCUACUGCCACAGCAUCCCACUGGUAACAACUACAGAAUCGUGGGUUCCAUCAGAGAUGUGUCAAGGAAUGAACCCUUCGCCUUCGAAGCCGUGGCAGUGGUAGCAUCGAGCCACACUGGUGGUCUGGAAGGACUACGUGGAGGUCGCUACUGCCACCCAGGACUGGAUGAGCCGGAUCUACGCUGGUCACCCAGGGUUUUGAAGACUUUGGAGAAGCUGGCUGCCAAAACCGACCGCUGUCCCAACGCAAACACCAACGGAAAGACCGCUGAAGAGAUGGAGGUGGAAACGCUCUCCCAGUUCUUCAACAGCGCCUGCAGACCUGGACCCUGGAGUGCUAAUACAACCGUCGACGCGGAUUUGAAAAGCCGCUACCAAUCCCUCUGCUCACUCUGUGGUGACGGCUCGGACUGUUCCCGCUACACUAUUGACAUGGGAGUGUCAGUUACCGGAGUACGAAAUGACAAUAGACAUAUACAAGCGUUGGAAUGUCUGCGACGUGGUAAUGAUUCACGAGUGGCAUACGUAGCUUGGCAACACGUUCGCGAAUUCUUCAAUAUCCGCAACCCUCAAGAGGCGACAUCGUAUUCACUUCUAUGUCCGGAUGAUAGCCUUGUAGUGCUGACCAGUGAGGUCCUGGCUCAAGGUACCGCUCCGUGCUCCUUCGUUAAGCAACCAUGGAGCGCCCUUGUUGCACCAACAAACCAGGCAAAGGGAAUCCAGACCAACCUACAACAGUGGUGGCAAAACGGCGCCAGUCCUGGUGGCAAUUCAUGGCAAGCGGUGCUCUUUGGUGCCAUCGUUGGAGGAUCCAAUGCAAGGGUUUUGUUUGACGAGACACUCCCAAAUUUGUCGUAUUCGGCUAAUUUACGAAACAUAUCAGCAAUCGACGCGUCUCCAAGCUGUAUCCCAGCCCGUCGCUGGUGCACCAUCUCCGAAUCUGAACACUCCAAGUGCCUAUGGGUGCAAUUAGCUGCUCAUACCCUGGGAAUCGAACCGGCUAUUUCCUGCCAACUGAGGAGGUCUAUCUUCGAAUGCUUCGCCGCUAUCAAGGAUAACACUGCUGAUUUCAUUGCUGCGGCAGCUAACUACGGAUUUUUGGCCAGACAACACUACGGUCUCUCAUCAGUGAAGCUAGUUCAGAACUCUCGCAAUGACCCGCGCGCGUUCUCCCGUGUCGCGACACUUCUUCAGGCUUCCAGUUCCAUUACACGCUUUGAGAACCUUCGCGGGAAGAAGGCUUGCUUCCCCGAGUUUGGAGGAAUUUCAUACGUAGCCUUCAUCAGAGCUGCGCAAGAGCGCGACGUGAUCUCUCGCUCAGAAUGCGACUACGCCCGCGCGGUUGGAGAGUUCUUUGGCGGCGCGUGCGCACCCGGAGCGCUCAACGCGUCACAUGUUAUCACUACAUCUGAUUACGAUGUCAAGCCUCUCUGUUCUUUGUGCAAACCAGCUAAUGUCAGCGUAGCCCCAGAAGCAACGGAAAUCUGUUCCUACGAUUCCACCAACAAAUACUAUGGCAACGCAGGUGCAGUGGCCUGUUUAGCUGAUCCAGACAGUGAUGUAGCGUUUGUGGAAUUAGAGAAUAUCGAUGCUAAUUUACGAGCGGCGGGUCUUGAAGCAUCACAAAUUCGCGUUCUCUGUCGCAACAAUACCUUGGCGUUGUCGACUGGUGUUUCGGUCGACUCGAACUGUCUCCUCGCUGAUGUUGUCGACUCCGAGGUCUUGUCACGAAGAAACGACCCUCUCUUUAACAGCUUGAACGCUCUGCUGGACACUCUUGACUUACACUUUGGAUACAACGCGGCCACAUCGACCCAACUCAUCAAUUUAGCGAUUUACUCACCUCUCGAUGGUGUGAACGACCUCCUCUUCAAAAACACAGCAGUUGGCUUAUCAGAGCCAUCCAGUACAGCGGCAAACGAACCGUCCCGUAACUAUAACGAGUUGUUCCAGCAUCUCGACUCCUGUACAUCAUCUGCCCCAGGAAAUGGAGCUAAGAGCUACUACAGCUAUGUCACAUUUGUCCUCAUGGCUAUUAUGACUAGAUAUGUUAUUUAUUAA